GACUAACUUCGUCCUACUUACUACUUAACAACAUAACCUUAAUUCAAUUAUCAAAAAAUUAAAAGUGUAAAUUUCUUUUUUUUAAAUAUAGGUAAUGUAAACUAAAUUUCCAAAAGAAUGAGUUUAACAAAUCGAAAUCGGGUGAGCAUAUUAGAUAAGCCGCUAAGUAGAGGAAAAGGGGAAAUAUCACUGAGUUGUUUUGCCUUAUUAUUCUCCGAAAUUGUGCAGUAUUGUCAAAACAAGUCGCAUACAGUACCAGAACUUCAAACCAGACUUCACGAUUUAGGCAGAACUGUUGGUGUUAAACUUAUUGAUUUAUAUUUUGUACGAGAACGUAAUGGAAAAAGGGAAAUUAAAUUGUUAAAUAUUCUUUUGUUUGUGAAAUCUACGUUAUGGAAGUCACUGUUUGGACGUGAAGCUGAUAAACUUGAACAUUCUAAUGAUGAUGAAAAUACUUAUUAUUUAAUGGAAAAAGACCCUCUUGUAAAUAAGUUUAUUUCUGUACCUAGAGAUAAAGGUAGUCUUAAUUGUGCUAUUUUUAUUGCUGGAAUUGUUGAAGCGAUUCUUACCGGAACUGGAUUUCCUGCAAAGGUUACAGCACAUUGGCAUAAGGGAACAACCUAUAUGGUGAAGUUUGAUGAGUCUGUCGUUGCUAGAGAUAAGCAGUUGGAAGAGCGAUAAUGCGUAGUUAUUCAAUGUUUAACAUUUAUGUAUCAUUAAUUAGAAAAGUAUUUAUUUACAGAAAUAUCAUUCAUGUAAUUUAAAUAUAGCAGGUAUUAAAUGGGAUACAAUACAAAGAAAUGCAGUCCAGUACAGACUACAGAGCUAGACUGGGUAAGUGGGAAA